CACAUAAUUAAAGAUACGAACUGUUUAAAUAGAAGUACAUUCGGUUUCUUUUAAGUCUAUUUUUUACAUUUCUAUCUAGUGUGCUGUUGACUAAUUGAAAAGAUCACCUUAAAUGAGGCCUAGAAAUGAAGUGUAUAAGAAUAGAUAGUUCAACCACAGUGCCGUGAACUUUUUUUCUUUCAUUUUCUUGAAGCAGAGUGAACAUAAUUUUCUGAAUUAAAUUUUACCGGUCAGUCAAAUUCAAAAAAAAUCUUCGGAAUAAUUGUUUACAGUGUUAGGUGCAACAAAUACAAUAAGAUCAAGAUGCCGAUAGUAUAUUUUUUUCUUGAAUAGAAUGGAAAAGGAGUUAUAAUAGUCAACUGAUAUUUGACUGUUUGUAAUAUAAAAGCUUCAAUUUUUCUUCCAAAAAAAUCUGAAGUCAGUGGUAGGCUUAAAUUACUUUCCUCUAUAAUUAUCUUACUUUUUAUGUUCAAUGUUGUUACCACUUUCUCCAUUUUCACAUUGUACACUAGCAGUAUAAUUAAAUUACUUACCUUAAUCGAAUAACAGAAAAGAAAAGUAAUCCACGAAAUAGUUUUCCAAAUGGAAACAAAUUUACUUCCUACAACUAGAGAAAAUCUUUCAAUUGCGAAACAAAGCACAACACUGUCCCAAAGAAGUGUAACUCUGUACAUUGUUUGAUGGAUUAUCGUCUUGUUGUUCUUCUAUUCUCCCUAUGUUUCACUGCCGUUUUUCCUCACCUCUCUCAAUCUUCUCUUCGAUCUUCCUUAUGGAGCGGCAAUGAAGAAAUAAAACCGUCGAUUUUGAAAUUGACUACUGAUUCUUGGUCAGCUUCAAUUGAUCCAAGACAGGUCACUCAAAUGUCAUGGCACCCCAGAGCUUUCAUAUAUAGGAAGUUUUUGACAAAUGAAGAGUGUGAUCAUCUCAUCUCUCUGGCUAAAGAUAACCUGGAGAAAUCCAUGGUAACUGAUAAUGAAUCAGGAGAGGCCAUUGAGAGUGAACUUCGGACAAGCUUUGGCGCAUUUCUAGACAAGGCUCAGGAUGAAGUUGUUGCUAAUGUGGAGGCCAGAAUAGCUGCCUGGACAUUUCUCCCAGAAGAGAAUGGAGAACCAAUUCAGAUAUUACGUUAUGAACGCGGGCAAAAAUACGAGCCACAUCAUGAUUUCUUUAUAGACAAGGUUAAUCAAGAGAUAGGUGGUAAUCGCGUGGCUACUGUCCUUAUGUAUUUAUCAGAUGUUGAAAAGGGUGGAGAAACAGUUUUUCCUAGAUCAGAGGUUACUCCAGCUGCAGAAUCUCAGAUAAAGGGUGAUAACUGGUCUGAUUGUGCUAAAUAUGGCUAUGCAGUAAAACCAAGGAAGGGCGACGCAUUGUUGUUUUUCAGUCUACAUCCUAAUGCAACAACUGAUCUUUUGAGUUUGCACGGAAGUUGCCCGGUGAUUGAAGGCGAGAAGUGGUCUGCAACGAAGUGGAUUCAUGUAAGGUCCUAUGACAGUAUUCCAUCAACGGAUGGGUGUGUCGAUGAGGAUCCUGACUGCUCCGGUUGGGCAGCUGCUGGUGAAUGUGAUAAAAAUCCUUCAUAUAUGUUGGGCACUGAAGAUUUUAUAGGUCAUUGUAGGAAAAGCUGUAAUGUGUGCUCAUGACAGGAAUGAGUUUUCUACAUCAGUUUACCAAUAGAGAAAAGUGCAUCCUGGAUUGCUGUGUAUGUUUGAUUACAUACUAGAAUGAACGGAAUACUUUUCCAACA